UUGUGCGGUCGGAAAAACAAAGGGAUCAGAAAAACGAUGGGUUCUCGGGCGACGUACUGUGGAUCAAAGUAACUGGCCACCGGAUACAGGGGACUUCCCGAAUUCACCGAUUGGUGUUGUGGCCUGCGGAAUGCGUACGUGCAGACGAAAUUCCGAAUGAUGUGUUGUCGUCGCGUGUCCCUGCAUUAGUUAACCGCGUAAACGGUUUGUGGACGGCCAAAAGCUCCACGAACGCAUCGAGAACGUUCCGAAGAACGAGAAAAGGUGGCAUCCUCAGCAUCAGCAUCCUCCACGUUAGAGUUGCCAACGCGAAACGGGACACGUCAACAAACGGCGCUCGGCGGCCGCCUUGGCGGUAGGGACCGGGUAAAGUUCAGAGGUGUCUCCCGUGGCCGGUCGCGACCCGAGCAGAUUAAGGAAGUGGUCGAAUCGGUGAAAGUUGCUCCGCCGGUUGCGGCACCCAAAACUACGGAUUUGCGGAACAAUCGGCUGCGUGUUGUGCAUCGAUCUUCGAUUUUGGACCGAGCACUGACGUGGGGGGGGGGGGUCGUGCCGUGCCACGAUCACGAAGCACUCCACUCCUCCCUUCUUUCGCCCGGUCUGGCCACAACAAGCUGCACAGCGAACCAGUCCAGCAACACACCAACACACACCGCGCCCAGUCUGGGGGCCACCGCGAGAUACGCAUUCCCCUCACAAAAGCGAGACAAACGAGCGUGCCAGAGCCGGGUGCGAGCGAGAGAGCGAAAGUGAGAGGGAGGACCGCAUUCGUUGGGCACGAUCCCACCACCACGGACACGACCGGUGGGCGCCAACAAUAAACCUCUGUGGCCCACCGAGCGCACGGUUCAGUCUUCAGCGUUUCGUUUCCGCGGAAACAACAACAGCACCACCAGUUCUCCACCGGAGCUCCAGCCCCCGCUCUUCCGUCGGCCACCGAAAGCGUGCCUGUGUGUGCGCGUAGUCUGGUUUCCGCGUGCGUGACCCCCCAGUGCCCGUUCGUGCGUUCGUCGGGUGUUUCGUGCCUGUGCUCCGUUGCUGUGUUUUGUUGUGAGUCUCGAAGGAAGCGCGAAGUUCGUGCACGGAGGAAAGGAAAAUGUGUGGCAUCUUUGCGUACCUCAACUUCCUCACGCCCAAGUCGCGGCGCGAGGUGCUGGAGCUGUUGCUGAACGGCCUGAAGCGGCUUGAGUACCGUGGCUACGAUUCGGCGGGUGUGGCCGUCGACGGGAUGACGCCGGACGCCGGCAUCCUGAUGUUCAAGCGCACCGGCAAGGUGAAGGUGCUGGAGGAAGCGAUCCACGCGGCGGCCCGGGAGACGGAGUUCGGCGAGGCGUGCGCCACGCACGUCGGGAUCGCGCACACCCGCUGGGCGACGCACGGGGCCCCGAGCGAGCUCAACUCGCACCCGCAGCGCAGCGACGACGGGAACGCGUUCGUCGUGGUGCACAACGGCAUCGUCACCAACUAUAAGGACAUCAAGAAGUUCCUCGAGCUGCGCGGGUACGCGUUCGAGUCCGACACCGACACGGAAGCGAUCGCCAAGCUGGUGCACCACCUGUGGAAGCAGCACCCGAACUACUCGUUCCGCGAGCUGGUCGAGCAGGUGAUCCAGCAGCUGGAGGGCGCGUUCGCGCUCGCCUUCAAGUCGAAACACUUCCCGGGCGAGUGCGUGGUGACGCGCCGCGGCUCCCCGCUGCUGGUGGGCAUCAAGGCGAAGACGAGCCUCGCCACCAACCACGUGCCGAUCCUGUACGGGAAGGGCCCCCGGCACGGCUCGGUCGGAAACGUGCAGGUGGAGCCGCCGACUCCGGACAACACGGCCGACUUCAUCAACCCGGGCGAGGAGGUGGAGUACUUUUUCGCGUCGGACGCGUCGGCCGUGAUCGAGCACACGAACCGGGUCAUCUACCUGGAGGACGACGACGUGGCGGCGGUGAAGGACGGGGCGCUCGGCAUCCACCGGCUGAAGAAGAGCCUGGACGAUCCGCACGCGCGCGAGAUCACCACGCUCAAGAUGGAGAUCCAGCAGAUCAUGAAGGGCAACUAUCGGUACUUUAUGCAGAAGGAAAUCUUCGAGCAGCCGGAAUCGGUGGUCAACACGAUGCGCGGCCGGGUGAACUUCGAGAGCAAGAAGGUGACGCUCGGGGGCAUCAAGGACUACAUUCCGGAGAUCAAGCGCUGCCGGCGGCUGAUGCUGAUCGCGUGCGGCACCUCGUACCACAGUGCCGUGGCGACGCGCCAGCUGCUCGAGGAGCUGACGGAGCUCCCGGUGAUGGUGGAGCUGGCGUCGGACUUCCUCGACCGGAACACGCCCAUCUACCGGGACGACGUGUGCUUCUUUAUCUCGCAGUCGGGCGAAACGGCCGACACGCUGAUGGCGCUGCGGUACUGCAAGCAGCGCGGGGCCCUGAUCGUCGGCAUCACCAACACGGUCGGCAGCUCGAUCUGCCGCGAGUCGCACUGCGGGGUGCACGUGAACGCGGGCCCCGAGAUCGGUGUCGCGUCGACCAAGGCGUACACCUCGCAGUUCAUUUCGCUCGUCAUGUUUGCGCUGGUCAUGAGCGAGGAUCGGCUUUCGCUCCAGUCGCGCCGCCUCGAGAUCAUCGAGGGGCUCGGCAUGCUCGAUACGCACAUCAAGCAGGUGCUCCAGCUCGACCAGAAGGUGCUGGAGAUUGCGCAGGAUCUGUACCAGCAGAAGUCGCUGCUGAUCAUGGGCCGCGGCUACAACUUUGCCACCUGCAUGGAGGGUGCGCUGAAGGUGAAGGAACUGACGUACAUGCACAGCGAGGGCAUCAUGGCGGGCGAGCUGAAACACGGACCGCUGGCCCUCGUCGACGACACGAUGCCGAUCGUGAUGAUCAUCAUGCGCGACCCGGUGCACCAGAAGUGCAUGAACGCGCUCCAGCAGGUGACGGCGCGCGAGGGCCGCCCGAUCAUCAUCUGCGAGGAGGGCGACCAGGAGACGAACGCGUUCGCGUCGAAGGCGCUCGAGAUUCCGCGCACCGUCGACUGUCUGCAGGGCGUACUGACCGUCAUCCCGAUGCAGCUGCUCUCCUACCACAUCGCGGUGCUCCGUGGCUGCAACGUCGACUGUCCGCGGAAUCUCGCCAAAUCCGUCACGGUCGAGUAGAGGAGUCGAGUCGCAGGGGACCUUUGUUAAGUUUUAUCCCUUCCCCCGGACGCUUGGCCCACCAAUUCGAGGCCAAUCACUAACCCUUUUAUCCGCGCGAUCCCGCUUUUCGAACGAAACGCUGUCGCUUUCCCUGCCUGCCGACGAGCGAGAUAAAAGCUUCCAUUUCUUUUUAUCUCAUUAGAUGUUUACUUAAUGGAGUUGAGAAUGUAAUCAAAAGCGAACAUGUUCGAACUUUUCGAACCGGUUGCCGAAAGGCAAGCAAAGUGCCGAGGAUCGAGAGACCAUGGCGCAGAUCCAGGAUGCGAACGCGGCUACAUCACUUGAAAGAUCGCUAAGUUAGUUCUAGGCUAUUGCUUAUAUUGUACCCGAUUUUUGCUUUUACUUCCGCCGGUCCGAGGGUUGGUCCACUUGUAUGAACCAGAGCUGUGCAAUAGAGGGAGGGUCCAUUCAGUGUUUCGGGACGGUGAGACGGUCGUCAUCUGUGAAGCGUCACCGCAUAUUGUUGUCAGCAUUGUCCACGUCCGCAAAAGUGCCGUCAGCAGCCAAGGUGUAAAAUUUGCACCAAUGUGCCCGUGUGUGUUUGUGUGUAGGUCCGAAGAUUGGUCCGAUCCCAAUCGACGUUGUUAAGCGGCACCACCACCACCGCCGCGCUGCAUCACCAGUCAUUGUCGUUCGCCGUCGUUAUCACCACUAUCAUCACUCUCCGCAUCGUCAUCAGCGUGUUCAUUAUCAUCGCACACAUACACGCGCCGCACACAGGGCUCAGCAUACGCAAUCGGUCAAAAUAUUGUUUCGCGGACGCUUCUAAAACCGCGACCGAUCAAUCGAUCUACACGAAGUGGGGCCGAUCGUUUGUUACAUUUAGAUGAUUUCUUUGCUCUCGUAGUCUGCUGCUGUUUCGGUAGGAUACUUUGCGAUCGGUUUUCGGUAAACGGUAAUGAUCACCACUAAAUUUAAGCCAAAAAUUGUACAACAAAAAAAAACCUAAAAGAAACCGGCGCACGUGGCGCUGCUGUUUGGGCACGAGUGAAUGUGGUAACGAUGCUGGACGCCGCUCCCGUGUAAGAGGAGCUUGCAGUCGCGAUCGCGUGCCGAUCGCGUUAAGCAGCAUAUUUCGCGGGCCACAACGGGCUGAAGCCCGGAAGAAAUUAUAUCUGUAUAUGUGAAUAAAGUAUUAGUGCUUUCUUUUUAUUGAUA